CCUGCUUUCGUCAACCUCCUUCCGACAAUCGAUAGCCACCCCUCAUUGACCAUGGCCUCAUUGUCCGCACCUGCUGCACGUCUACGCCGACCUGCCUGCGCUCUCGCCACCUCACGGGAACUCGAACCUUGCUCGCUGUUUGCCACCGACUCGCGACCAAGUACUGGCAUAUCACAGGCGACUGGAGGUUAGGAUAUGACAGGGUCUAUAUGGAUGCAUAACUACUCUCUGGUUCGAUGAUAGUACGGCCUCCUCUGGUCAGUUACACUGACUCACCGUCCAAACGAUGACCAGCUUUGACAAUGAAACUAAAGAACAUGAUGAACAUGAUGAACUUGGGCCGGACGCGAGAAUACCGAGAACAAUGAGGACACGCGUAGAAUUAGAGCAAGGGCUAGAGCUCUCGUUCAAGGGUGCAGUUGCGGUGAAUGACAGGGAGGGCAGCUUGGUGGAGAUAGGCUGAAGAGAUGGGAUUUUAUGGCGACACGAAUUCUGGCGCGAAAACCAACAAGAGCAUCAUACGAUAUGAUCGGGGAUAACGCCAAGUUCAUCGUAUUGUAUACGUUCUCCAGAUCUACGCAUAGCAAGGCUACACUUCCCGUUGCGGGCCUCACUUGCUCCCCGAAUUCAUGGAGAUCACCACAACCCUUGCCUGAGGCUCAUGAUGUGCCAUCUCUACACUCAGCGCCCCCUGACAUACAUACCGAGUCCCCCGGUUUUCCAACCUUGUCGGCAACGGACUGCUCCCUGAGCUCCCCAAAUCCUGUAUCAAUCUAGCUAAGGCAGUAUACAAUAUUGACGCAUCCCCCUCUGCUUCUGUCACACCCUUCGCCUCGCACUCCGGAGAAGCCGAUUGGCAGCUCUGAAACCCCGCCCGUUACACUGAAACUUACUUCUGGAUAUGCUGAUAGUAAACUAGGGUACAUCAUCCUACAUUGCAAACUGU